AUGGCUCGAGACACACAACCAUACGCUGAUUCUGAAUUCAACUUUUUGUCACCUAACAUCCAACGUUCAGGGUUCGGAAGUCCCGCCUCUGCUGUCUUUGACCUUCCUGUCCAGGCGUCCAGCAACCCCACCAGAGACCAAUUCCAAUCAGGUGUAGAGGCAACACACUCCAAUGCACCAUUCGAGACGCAUACAAUCGUCCUGGACAACGGCGUGAAUCAGAAAAGCCCUUCUUUCUUGGUCAUUUCUGGCGGUACCGGCGGUAAUUCGAUAUGCAAUUCGUUUGGACAGGCGUGCUAUGUUCUUCCUGUGUCAGACGAUGGUGGCUCUUCGAGCGAGAUCAUUAGAGUACUAGGGGGACCUUCCAUAGGUGAUGUCCGGUCAAGGCUGGUCAGACUUAUCCCCUCAUCGCCACCUUCGACCACUUUGGACGCCAUUCGUGCUUUACUUUCAUAUCGGCUUCCUAAUGAUAUCCCUGAGCGCGAGGCUCGGGCAGAAUGGAGAGAUAUAGUAGAGGGGCGCAGUUCCCUCUGGCAUGGAAUACCAAAUGACCGGAAGGAAACUAUUCGAGAAACACUCUUAUUUUUGUCACUAGGCUUCCUUGUCUAUUUUGAGAAUGAAGUCCUCAAGCGUGCUCACAAAAACUUUUCAUUUCUUAAUGGGAGUAUAGGAAAUUAUUUCCUCGCAGGUGCUCAAGGAUUCUUCCGGUCCCUCCCUUCAGCCAUUUUUCUCUUUUCAUCGAUCACGAACAGUCAGGCCAACAUACUUCCCGUCGUAGUUACCAAUCACACAGUUACCAUUGCCGCUGAGCUGGAGGAUGGCUCCAAACUUGUAGGCCAGUGUGAAAUAUCACACCCGGUAGUUUCAAGUUCAGCGCUUGAUAACACUGCAUUCGAGCCUGAGCGGUAUUCUUCGAUCGAUGGGAUGGGUGAGAUCAUAUCUCGACCACAGAACGCCGCUUUCAAUCCACAGGAUAAAAGCCGUACUUAUGAGGCACUAUCAUCACGCAUAAGCAGGCUAUAUUACAUCAAUGCAUACGGACAUGAAGUACAUCCAUCGCCAAACCCAGAAUAUAUUAAAAAUAUAUAUUCAUCCGAUGUUCUGGUCUAUUCAUGUGGGUCAUUGUGGACAAGUAUUAUACCUUGUUUAGCACUACGUGAUGUAGCUUCAGCGAUUGCUCGGUCAAAUUUACGUGCUAAAGUUUUGUUGCUAAACUCCAAUAACGAUAGAGAGACAGACGGAUAUACCGCUGUCGAUUACGUCCGCGCAAUCGCUUCCACAUUGAACUCGCAUUAUCACGUAAAACGAUAUGGUCUUGGAAACGCAUACACCAUCUACCCCAUAUCCGCAUUCAUUACCCAUCUCGUCUAUCUCAAAGGGACCCGAGUAGUCGUUGAUGAGCAAGCCAUCACGGCGUUGGGCGUCAAGUGCAUUUUAGUAAAUGACCGGACUGACGGCAGCGAUUCGGGUAGCCCCCCACAAUAUAACGCGGCCACUGUCAAACAGGCUCUGGAUCGGAUCAUUCAGUAAGGGUUGGCUGUGGGGGCCUCUUUUGAUUCUUGUGCGUGAUCAGUAUCUCUGACAAUUGACGGUGUUACGAGAUCCUGUUGAUGUCGUAUACGGCCGUGUUGGGGAUUUAAUGGAACCUAUCAGUAUGUAACACUCGUGUUACAAGAUUUGAACCAGGGAUGUCAUCUUCCAUCGUAUAACUCGCAAUGUGCUGUUGUGUUUCUUUCCUUUCUUUGCCUAUAAGCCUGGACAUUGGGUUUUGACAGUGGGAGAAAUGUACUAGGUGUCUAGGCGCACCAUAUGGAUGGGUGAUAGUCGCCUAGGGACCUUCUAUCAUCUUACUGUUAUUGAUAAGCUGGGGGUUGUUCUCUGAUAUCGACUGUCAUCGGAAUUUGGUCUGACUAAGGGGGUCAGCAAAGAACCAUCUUACGCCA